CACGUCUGAGUAUACUUCGGAGUGACAGAGCUUCACUCGUGAGUCCUGCGACUAGCAACCCAGUGGUCAGUCAGGCAAGGGCUGGCGGACUCAAAGGGGCCAGCCAGGGGGGCCUGCGACGCAGUGCACAUGCUGCCCAGCGUGCCAGGUGCACUGGUCCAGAGACGCGCUUGCUUCUAUGACGUGUAAUAAUAUGAAAUAAAUAGGCACAAAUUGUCGCUUACCAUACCUCGAGCUGUGUUAUCAAGGCGUAAUGGCUGCCGAAACGUCGGCGCAAGCCUCAACGACCAGCCAAGAUAACAGUGAUGGCAUACUCCUUUACUAUAAAUAUGUAAGGCUGGAGGGGUCGACACAGGAUGAUGUGGCGACUUUCUAUCGGGAAAUGUGCGGAAGGCUCGGUUUGCGCGGCCGAAUACGCGUCGCCCGUGACGGCGUGAAUGUGACGGUUGGCGGCCCCAUGCCAGCCCUGCGCGCGCACGCCGCCGCGGUGGCAACACACGCCGUACUCGGCACCGCCUCCGCCGCCGGCUCUCACGCUGCCGGCGCUGGCGCGGCGCCAGCCGCGCCAGCAGCCGUCGACGGCGGCGGCGGCACCACCGCCCGGCACGGCGCCGACGGCGGCACAGACCUGGACGCUCUGGGCGCGGCGGCGGGCAUUGACUUCAAGCUGGCAGUGUCGCGGGGCGCUCGCAACGCGGCCACCACGUCUGAGACCGGCAUGGACACGCUGGCGGUCCGGUUGUGCGAGGAGCUGGUGACUCUGGGGCCGCUGGCUCGCAACCGCGCCGACCCGCGCGCCAACACGGCGCCGCACCUCACGCCGCAGCAGUUCCACCGCCUGCUGCAGCGGGCCGCAGACGAGGCAGCGGCGGCGGCGGAGGGGGCGGAGGGGGCGGCGGAGGAGGGGGCGGCCGACGGCGCGGGGGUGGCGGAGGAAGCCGGGGAGUGGGCGGCAGAGGGGGCGGCGGCAGGGCCUGGGGCUGGGGUGGAGGCGGCGGCAGCAGGCGGCGAGCUGGGUGCUGGCGGGGGUGUGGUGCUGCUGGACGCGCGGAACGUGUAUGAGACACGCAUUGGGCACUUCCAGGCGGGCCCUGCUGUGCCGGUGCUGGACCCGCGUACGCGCUGCUUCAGCGAGCUACCGGCCUGGCUGGACGCACACGAGGCGGCGCUGGCGGGCAGGACAGUGCUCAUGUACUGCACGGGCGGUGUGCGCUGUGAGCGAGCCAGCGCCUACCUGCGGGAGAAGGGGCCGGCCUUUGCCAACGUGUUCCAACUCAGUGGCGGCAUCCAGCGUUAUCUGGAGGCGUUCCCUGACGGCGGCUUCUUCCGCGGCAAAAACUUCCUCUACGACGACCGCAUCUGUGUGGGCCCCGAGGCGGCUCCGCACGCGCCGGCGGUGGGGCGCUGCCUGCUGUGCGGGGUGGGGUGGGACGACUACGGCGAGCGGCUGAGGUGCAGCCGCUGCCGCCUGCUGCUCCUGGUAUGCGACGGCUGCCGUGCGGCCCGCCACGCCGCCGCCUCCGCCCCCGCCGCCCCUGCCGCCUCCACCGCCGCCCCCGGCACUGCCUCCGGACCUCCUCACAACCACGGCAGCGCCCGUCGCCAGCACAAGCCGCCGCCCCUGCUGUGCGAGCUGUGCGCUGCUGGUGCUGAGCAGCAGCAGCAGCACCCGAACGGCACGGCGGAGACCGCAACGCCAGCGGCAGACCAAGACGCGGCGGGCCAGGGCGGUGCCAGUGCGGCGGCGGCAAAAGCGCCACCGAGCGCGGGUGCAGGGAUACCUCAGCAGCAGGCGCAGGCGCAGGUGCAGGGGCGGCGGCUGCGAAUACUGUGCCUGCACGGCUUCCGGCAGAGUGGGAAACAGUUCAUGGGCCGCACCUGCUCGCUGCGCAAGAAGCUGCGCGACCUGGCGGACUGGGUGUUUGUGGACGCGCCGCACACACUGCCGCACUACAUAAAGUACGACAGGGCGCGCAGCUGCAGCAGCCGCGCCGCCGCCGCCGCGGCCGCCGCCGCCGCCGUAACUGCGUUUCAAACCGGAAGCGCACAUGAUGGGGAGGACGAGCAGGAGGAGGGCGUUGCGGAGGACCACGAGCCGGGUGUGGAGGGCGAGGCAGGAGUCGGCGGGCUCGAUCACGGGUUUGGGAUAUCGCCGCCCGCGUCGCCCGGUGCCGCACUUGCGCCGCUGGUGGUGGAGCUGUUAUCGCCGGGCCGCCGCGGCGGCGAUGGCGGCGGUGGCGGUGGCGGCCCGGCUGUGCUUCCACCCGGCGCUGCCCGGCGCGCGUGGUUGGUGUCGCCACAGCUGCUGCACCCCGGCAGUGGCGCCGGAGCGGGUGUCGGGGGAGCGGCGGGCGGCUGGCGCGAGGCGCCGGACUUUGUGGACGAGCAGCAGUACACGCAGCAGACGGAGGGCUGGGCGGAGUCGCUGGCGGCGCUGCGGCGGGCGGUGCGGGAGCAGGGGCCCUUCGACGGCGUGUUCGGCUUCUCACAGGGCGCCGCCGUGGCCGCAGUGCUGUGUGCGCUGCAGCAGCAGCACCGCCAGCACCGCCAGCUGCGACAGCCCGCGCCGCCACAGCCGCCCGCACCGCCGCCACAGCCGCAAUCGCCGCAGCAGCCCAGCGGCAGCGACGACGUCAGCCCCGGCGCUGGCGACGGCUGCGACAACGCAGCAGACAGCAACGACUUCGGGUUCCGCUUUGCGAUCCUGGGUUCGGGCUUUCCCUCGCCAGCCGCCGCCCAUGUGCAGCUGCUGGAGCAGGUGGGACCCAUCCGGCUGCCCUCACUGCACGUGUACGGCUUGGCGCCGCAGCCGCAGCCGCAGCCGCCACGAUCGCCGUCAGCUGCUACUGCCACUGCAACUGCCGCAGUUGCGGCGGCUGCGGACGCGUGCCAUGCUGCGGCGUCGCCUGGCGGUGUGGCGGAUGGGGGCGGGGCGGGGUGUGGUAGUGUAGGAGGUUGCGGCGGUGACGGCAGCGGUGGCGGUGACGGCAGCGGCAGCGGUGACGGUGGGGCGGGUGACCGGCAGAUCCAUGAGGCUGCGAGUGAGGCGCUGGCGGCCGCGUUUGCGCCGCAGCAGCGCCGCUGCCUGCGCCACACGGCGGGGCACCUCAUACCCGCCACCAAGCCGCACGCGGCGGCGUUCAGAUCCUUCCUGUCACAGUUCCUGUGAGCGGUGGGGAGCGGGAGAGAGAGAGAGCAGUUGUGUUUGUGUGUGAGAGAGAGAGCUGGGGGGUGAGAGAAGAAGUACCGCUCGUGUGUGUGUGCGCUGGCUGCGCGUCAGUGGGCGUGUUGUGUGAGAGGCUGCUCGGUAGCGUGGCGCCCCGGAAGGCCCGAUUGGUGUUUGAUGUGCGGAUCGCAAGUAGGAGGUGCGGCUAUAUGGGUUGGCGUGGGCACGAGGGAUCGGGGAAGAGUCUGCGCCCGGGGCCGACGGGGCCGCUGGGGCCACACACGCGCCGGACAAUUUUCGAGCGAUUCGGCAUUUCCAAGGCGUGCUUACUGUGCAGCUGCUUUAUGAAAAGGU